AUGGACUGGAAGGACAUCCAGCUAUUUCACCGGUCUUACAUCAUGGCUUUCCUAGAAGUUGAGAAACAAGGGACACCGCCUCCACCUCCAGCUCUGAUUUCUGUGUGUCCGGCCUUCAAUUCUUCUGUCUGUCUUCAUUCCAAACCCGGUCGUCCAGAGUGUCAAAAUGACAGCCAGUGUCCCAAAUCCAAGAAAUGUUGUUGCUCCGGUAACUGCGGAGUGAUGUGUGUGACCCCGGAGAAAGUCAGAGCCGGCCGCUGCCCGGACAUAAAAGCAAAGUGCCGUCCAGAGCCCACCUAUAACUGCACCACAGACAGUGACUGCCCCGGAAGUCAGAAGUGCUGCAAUAUAUGCGGGAGGACCUGCUGGAACCCAGAGCCAGAGCUGAAGGGGACUUGUCCCAAGAAUGAUGGAGCUCAGUCCGACUCCCUCCAAUGUAGUUCUGUAAAGUGCAGCCGGAACUCAGACUGCAAGACGCGGGAGAAAUGCUGCCCCUCCGGAGACGGACAAUCAUGUGUGAACGCCCAAACAGGUGACAAAGAGGGUUCCAAAUAUGAAAGUUUAGGCUCAGUUUCUAAUCUAGAACAUGGACAAGAACAAGUACCUGACUCCCUGGUGGUGUACAGACCAGGUGCCCCUGACGACACAUUAGGUUGGUGGGUGAAGACACCUUCCACCGGGAAGAAGCCGGGUGAUCUCUUGCAAGCAGAACAAGUGCGCUCCAGUUGCCAGAGCUCCUGCGCAGAUGAUGUUGGCUUAACACUUAAAAAAGCCCCCAGUGGUCACCUACUCAAGCGGGACUUUUACUUCUGGACUCUUGUACGCCACCACUGA